UGAUCAAAAGCCAUAGGCGAUAGAAUGGGAGUCUAAACCCAGAUUUUGUGUUAAAAAUUAAGCAUUGAAAAACGAAGAAUGUGAGUUGAAUGAGUGUAUUUCAAGUAAGAAACGCCACUUUCCUCAAUCUAUUUCUCUUCGAGUCGAUAGCAUCGGCUCAUGUCACACAACUGUCAAUAUAUGAUUGCUUUCGUCUUCUCUUUGUUUUAUUUGCUCUCUAACCCACGUAAUAUAUCACAACUGUACAACUGCGAAUCUUGAGACAAACUGAUUCUUGUCUUCUCGGGAUCUGUCUUUAGGAGUAAAGUAUGUUACAUAUGAACCAAAACACAGACAACGGGGCUAUAAAGGUGGAGUCUUUAUGAGUUAUAAUUGCUGCUUGUUUUAGCAUGAUAAUGCCUCAAAUUAGACCGGGGUCUUCUUAUUUUCCAUUUUUGUCUUUUUAAAAACCGGGGAUCAAUCAAUUAUCAAUCUGUGGUUGUGACUUGUGAUAGGUUGGUGGCCUGCACUUUUGGUAGGGUUUAUUAUUUAUGGAUGUGUGCUUAAUUAAUGGUUUGCUGAGCUGUGAAAUUAUCAGGGUCUCUCAUGUUUCUCAAGUGAACUCAAAAUUGAAAUGAUGGGAGCCCUCUGCAUUUAUUAUUUGAAGGGGGAGAAUGAAUUUGAAUUCAAUUCGAUAGAAGAAAAGGAGGAGUUUUAUUGAAGAGCCUUCUCCGACUGAUGGCUCCUGGGAGAACUUCCGGAUUCCAUCGCCAAGGAGAUGACUGGUUGUGAAUCAGUGCUGCUACAUACAUUAGUGAAAUGCUGAAGGCUCUGGCAAGUUCAGCAGUUCAAGUUUGCAAAGUGAUAUAACAGUGGUGGUGGAUGAAGUCAUUCACAAGUAUCUUACGUAUAUGUUGGCAUUGGACGUGCAAUGAAAACUAAGUAUAUUUUCUGUUUGUUUGUAUGCUAGAAUCUUAUACAGUACUACUAACUAAGAUUAUUAAAAACAUCUGUGUAUUUCUUUUAGCAUUUUGUGUAGCAUUUUGGCAGCCUAGACUUCGAAUUACCUUUCUCUUCUGUGCCCAUAUUAUAUUUGGACUCUAAUAGAAGUGUAUGUGCCCCAGUUUCCUCUUAUUUCUAGGUGUGGGAAGAUAGCAACUAUCUUUGAAGAGUCUGAUGGUGGUGCGGACACGUUUUUCAUAGUAGUAAAAUUCUGCUAUGGUGGGCGGCUAGAGUUCACACCCAAAAACAUAGUAAUUCUGUAUUGUGCUGCAGAUUAUCUUUCGAUGACUGAUGUUUAUGAUGAAGAAAAUUUAUUGUCCAAAUCGAAAAGUUAUUUUCAUAAGCAUAUCCUAAAAGACUGGAAGGAUUGCGUUUUGGCUCUCCAAAGCUGUGAACUAGUUAUCCCAAGGGCUGACAAACUUCAAAUUAUAAGUAAAUGUAUCAACGCAUUGUCUGUAAUGAUCUGUACGGAUCACUCGUUGUUCGGAUGGCCUAUGAUGAUGUAUGGUAGCCUACAGAGCCCUGGAGGGAGCAUUCUGUGGAAUGGGAUAAAUACUGGUGCAAAGAUCCAUAGUAAUGAAUCUGACUGGUGGUUUGAGGAUGUAUCGUAUCUCUGUGUCGAGUUAUUUGAGAGGUUGAUUCAGACUAUGGAAGCCAAAGGUAUAAGUCUGGACAACUUAGCACGUGCCAUAAUGUACUAUUGUAAAAGGUAUCUUCCAGGACUGGGCCGCCGAUGGCAGGAAGGACAGAGUAGUUUGUCGAGGACAGUUGCUAGUUUCAGCAUGACGCCUGCCAAUGUUAAUCGAGUUGCUCUUUUGCGCAGUGUUAUCAAACUUCUGCCAGAGAAGAAAGAAAAAUCUUUUUGCCGUUUUCUGCUGGGACUUUUACGUGUUGCAUUGAUCUUGGGAGUUAACAAUACAUACCGGGAUUCUCUGGAAAGGAGAAUAGGCGUGCAGCUCGAUUUGGCAACCCUGGAUGGUCUACUGAUACCUAAUUAUUCUGAUUCUGAUACUUUGUACAACACCGAUUGUGUUCAAAGGAUGAUUCGUCAUUUUGUAUCGUCGGAGCCUAGUGUAGCUUCAAUAUCUCCAUUAUCUACUGACCUUGACACAUCACCGUUAUCCGGGAGUUUCAAGAGAGUUGCUAAAUUGGUAGAUAAUUAUGCAGCAGAGGUUGCUUCUGAUGUAAACCUGAAACCUGGAAAAUUACAUGGACUGGCAGAAGCGUUGCCAGAAUCUUCAAGAUCUUUGCACGAUGGGCUAUACCGAGCACUGGAUAUAUACUUUAAGGAACUGCAGGCACAUCCCUGGCUUUCAGAUAAAGAGAGGGAGCAGCUUUGCAACAUUAUUGAUUUUCAGAAACUCUCAAUUGAUGCUUGUGCACACGCAUCUCAAAACGAGAGGCUCCCACUCAGAGUCGUACUACAGGUCCUGUUCUUUGAACAGAUGCAGCUGCGGACGGCCUUAGCUGGCUGCCUAAAUGCUCUCGAUGCUGAAAGUGCGCCUACAGCUUCUCUGGCCGUUCCUAACGAAGCAGCGGGGCAAAGGGUCCGUCAAGAUGGAUGGGUUACAGUUGCUCGCGAGAACCAGGUGCUAAAAGUAGAUAUGGAACGGAUGAGGUCGAGAGUUGGUGAAAUGGAAGAAGAGUUCAGUAAAAUCAAGGAAGAGAUGAAAAAUGAAACCAAUUCAACCAGUUACCUUAGCUCUCCAAGCCUUGUUCCUCGAGAGACUGGAUGCAAUCUACUUUCUCAGGCUUCAGAUGCCCAACAAGACGUCGUCAAGAGUGGGACACCAACUCCAAGAGAAUCAGUCGAACAGGCGCAACCAUCCAUUCAGAAUCCUAGACAUAGAAAAAGUUCCUCCCUGUUUUGAGCAUUCUUUUUAGUAGAAGUUCGUAUUUCUCGAUUCAUUCUCUUACAAAGCUGGACGCGGCUGCUUUUCUGCAGCGAGCGGGCAACCACGGGAAUAGAGGCUAGUCAAGCACAAGGUGGUGGCAAUGCUAGGUUUCCUUCUCUUGCAGUACGUGUGAAGCAAACGGUGAGAAGAUAUUGGUGCUUGUCCAUGCCUGGUGCGAUGGUGUUUGCCCUUGUCCAGUGCCAUAGCUGGAGAAGGUAAAGAAGCUUCUUUAACUGUAGCAAAACAUAGCUUUAGAUGGUGAAUGGGUCUGGGGAAAAUAUUCUAGCAGAUAAGUAUGACCGUAGUUUUUUCUGUAAUAAUGUAGCAAAACAUAGCUUUAGAUGAUGUACAGGAUCGUAUCUACUAGAGUUUUUUCCUCGGUUUUCACAGCAUUCACAAAAGCUGAAUGUAUAAUGUAUAGUUUGUAUCUUAUGAAGUUUUGUAUACAGUUACAAGUAUAGAUAUUGACAAAUUCUUGAUUCA